AUGUCUUCAGUAAAGCGUUUUGUUGACAGUGUAAUUAUUAUAACUGGAUCUUCUGCAGGUAUUGGAAGGCAAACUGCUUUAGAAUUUGCAAGGGAAGGGGCUUCUCUUGUUAUACAUGGACAAUGUAGAGAAAGACUUGAAGAAACAGAAAAAUUAUUAAAUAAAGAAGGAAUUGGUCCAAAACGAAUACUUAGCAUUAUUGGGCAAUUAGAGAGAGAAGAAGUGCCUAAACAAAUUUUGGAACAAACACUUGAUAAAUUUGGAAAAAUUGAUGUUUUGGUAAACAACGCUGCAGCUGGUUGUAAACCAGGCAUAACUUUCAAAGCUGGCUCUGACGCAAAUUCUUUAGCUAAUCUAGACUAUUUAUUUGCAGUUAAUUUAAGAAGUGUUGUUCAAUUACUUGAAGGUGCUCUCCCCUAUUUGGAGGCAACUAAAGGAAAUGUUGUUAAUAUUUCUACGAGUGGUGCUCUUCGACCAUUACGUUCUGCUGCCUUUUAUUGUGCACUUAAAAGUGCUUUAAAUACGUUAACAGAAAGUUAUGCACAAAUUUGGGGUCCAAAAGGUGUUAGAAUUAAUAAUGUUAGCCCUGGACCUAUUAAAACAUUAAUCUUUGAACGCAACGGAAUUUGUGGGACGAGGAAAGAACAGGCAAGUUUUGAUACAAAAAUUAUAAAAUGUCGAGACUACCGAGGAUUUUCCAGAAUCCAUCAAAUCCUUAGUUUCGACUGA